AUGGGAAAGAAGAGCCUUGCUGAAAAGAUCGCUGAGUUGAGUAAACCUUCGACUGAGUUUGAUAUUGAAGAUAACGAUUUACGGAACAAUGUUUUUGAUCAUAAUGAUGAUGAUGACCAUCCUAACUCAGACCUGUCGGAUGAUGAAACAUUAAAGAAGCAGCACUAUUUGGCGGUUGAUAAGUCAAACAUUAGACAGGAAAAUGACAAUUUGAAUUUGGGCAAAGCAUAUGGUGGUAAGGUAACUAGCAGAGGGGAUUUAUACGAAUCUGAUGAAUCCAGAAGCCUCGAUGAGCAUGAAGAUUCAGAAGAUAGUGAUUCGGGAAUUUCUUUAAAAACUAACUCUGAAAGCGAAUCCGAAGAAGAGGAUGAAGAUCAAUCGGAUAGUGAAGACAAAGAUGAAGUAAAGAAGCAAGAAGAUUCAAAUUUAACUCAUAAAAGGUCAAAGUUGAAAGAGCUAAUGUCAAACGAACGUCAACAUAUUGUUAAUAGAUUGUCACAAUCAGCUUCUAAUGAUGCUGUUAAGGGCUUUGCGAUAUUGCAACAACAUAAGUUAUUCGAUUCUAUUAUCGAUAGUCGUAUGAAAGUACAGAAAUCCCUCACAAACUCGAAUGUAUUGCCUAUAGAAAAAGGGAUCUUGAAAGAACACUUUGCCACUAAAAGGACUGAUAAACACUUAAGGCAAGCGCUGGAAAAAUGUUUUGAUUUAUUGGAUAGUAUUAUAGCACUUCGAUCGAAGCUUUUAAAGAAAGACUCUGUUUUGUCAUCUUCCGAAUCCGCUAAGUCGUUCAAUCCUAAGAAGAGAACUUUAACGGACUACUUGGAAGCCACCGGGAAACAAGAUAUUGUAUUAGAAAAAUAUCGAAGCUCUGUAUUAAGUAAGUGGUCAUCUAAAAUUCACAACGCAGCAGGAUCUACUGCUAUUAGUUCUGGUAAAUUCAAGGCCAUAAAUCAAUCAGCGGAACAACAAGUCAUCAACAAUUUGUCUGACAUGGACAGAUUAAUUAAGAGAACAAAACUCAAUAGGCGCCAAGUCAAACCUUUAGGUUAUGAGUAUCUUAUAAAUCAAAGUGACAUAACGGAGCAAGAAUCUAUAGAUGAUCAAAACCCAGAUAUUCCAAAUGAAAACAGACAGACAAACAAAUCCGAUUUAUCUGAAAUUGACAGUAUAUUUGAUGACGAAGAUUUCUAUCGUGUUUUGCUUAACGACCUUGUGGACAAAAAAAUUCAAUCUAGUGACCCAGCCUCGGGUUUAACUGUUUCGUUAAGAAGUGUCCAACAAGCCCAAAAAUUCAAGAAGAACAUUGAUACCAAAGCUUCGAAGGGCCGUAAAUUAAGAUAUCACAUCCAAGAACAGAUCGCAAACUUUGAAGCUCCUAGAGGAGGAUGGAAAUGGGAUGACAAUCAGAUUGAUGAAUUUUUCGCAUCUUUAUUAGGUCAGAAAGUUAACAUGAAUGAAGUAGAUGAAGAUGAAGAUCGUCAUAAUGAUGAAGAUGAAGAAAUUGUUAUUAAUUCUAAUGAUUCCUUCAAAUUAUUUGGUUGA